AUGUUGUCAGCCGCCCCAGUUCAAGUUCAAAGGUCAAACACCGACAUAAUGGAACAAGACAAGAAAGCGAACAAUGACUUUGUGCCUGUGUACAAAAGAACUGUUCAAGUGAUAGUGAUAUCGAUGGUUAUUUUCUUUGCUCCGUUAUCAUUCACAUACUUCUUUGAUGAGACACAUACGUCCAACCUGAGCGACAAAGUUCUGGCCAUCCUAGUGAACCCUGAAUUUGCGUAUGGGGAGGGCUCCGCGACUUUAUCUGAUAUCAACGGAGGUCAAAUGCGAAUAUUUCUGCGAAAUCUUACUGCGAUGGUCUCUCACACGAUUGCUGGUUCUAUAGCCAUCGUCCUUGGCCUGCCCCAAUUCAACACGACCCUGCAGUUCAGAUACCCUGCGAUCCAUCGGUUUCUCGGGAGGCUAUAUAUCCUAUGCGCCUUAACAAUCUCCUGGUCUUCAAGGACCUUCUUAGCGGAUGCUAUGCCAAAACAUGAGGUUUUCUCCGGGGACCUCUUUGCAUAUAUGCUAUGGUCGUUAUCACAUGGUGUCCUGGGGACACUUGCCCUUGCAAUAUAUGCCAUUUGGAACCGCGACAUUGGCUCUCAUCGAGAAUUCAUGGUCCUGAAUUAUGCAUUCAUGCUGUCAGCACCAGUUCUGAGAGUUGCAUGGGUGAUACUGGGCCAACUUUGGGGGGAAACAAAAUACAUCAUCAACUUAUAUUCCUCUAUAUUCAGUGGGCCAUUCUUGGUCGCUGCCUCCAUAUUCUACCUUCGUCAACAGCAUGUGCGCCCUUCGAGUUCGCUUCUCAUCAGCUCGAAAUUCCGCCUGGCAGCGAUAGCAUCCGGACUGCUCGGUCUCCUGUUCCAGAUAACUAAGGGCCCAAGCUUCAACGGAGGACCUUAUCCAAAGGCGUUUUUGUUGGCACUAGGUCCUCAACUGGCUUGUUAUAUAUUAUUAUUUGCAACACUCGCUCGUGCUGCGAAGCGUCGCGGCGACAUGGGAUCGUAUACAGCUUGGAUAACCUACCAAAAUGGGCUGAUUAGCGCACCUAUGUGGAGUGUGCUUUCCCUGUAUGUCGCUCGUGAUAUCCUGCGUUGUUCUGAGGAGAGUUUAUGGAUGAUCACAGUGACGGAAGGCUUUUCGCAAGGACUAUUUAGCUCAUUUGUUAUUUAUGUGCUUGCAACUUCGAAACUGGCCAACGCACGCCGUCACACUAUAUAUAGUGAAGAAAGAGAAGUUACAGACCCCUGGAAAGAACUUAAAAAAUUGAAAAUCAAUAAAUCUUAUCGUUGA